AUCAUUGUGCGACGAUGCCCAAAAAGGUUCGAGUUAAUAGCAGGCAGUCAAACGAUGACAACAAGUUUAAAAAAGUCCUUAAAAACCCACUUUGGGUUCGACAGCUUCAGGUCUAAACUGCAGGAAGAUGUUGUCAACGCGGUCCUCAGAGGUGACAGGGAUGUGUUUGUGUGCAUGCCUACUGGGGCAGGAAAGUCCCUCUGCUACCAGCUCCCUGCGGUGCUGGCUGAAGGCAUAACUCUGGUUAUAUCCCCGUUAAUCGCGCUCAUUCAGGACCAAGUGGAUCGCCUUAAGGAGUUAAACAUCCCUGCCUGCUCCAUCAACUCUACGCUCAAAGUAAGUGAGCGCCGUUUGAUCCUGGCCGACCUGGGGAGCCGCAGCCCGAAACUAAAGCUCCUCUACAUCACUCCAGAGAUGGUGGCCUCGCCCUCUUUCCAGCCUUGCCUGAUGGACCUGUGCUCCCGUGGUCUGUUGUCCUAUCUGGCUGUGGACGAGGCUCACUGUGUCUCCCAGUGGGGUCAUGAUUUCAGGCCGGACUAUCUCAAACUGGGUGAGCUGCGGGCUCGAUUGCAAGGAGUUCCCUGUUUGGCCUUAACAGCAACAGCACCGAAGAAUGUACAGGAGGAUAUUGUUCAGUCGCUGAGGCUGCACUCCCCACUUUCUUUUCUUACACCCGUCUUCCGCAGUAACUUGCACUAUGAUGUGAUUUUCAGAGAGCUGCUGCCAAACCCCUACGUUCACCUGCAUGCUUUCAUUAAGAAGGCGCUGUCGCUUGCUGGUGGAUCUAAUGGACAGGGUUGUGGGAUUGUGUACUGUCGGACCAGGGAAGGCUGUGAAACGGUGGCCCACCAGCUGACGAAGCUUGGAGUCUUAGCCAAGCCGUAUCAUGCAGGUCUGAAGGCGGGAGAUCGCACAGAGGUGCAGAGUGAGUGGAUGCAAGGGAAGGUGCUUGUUAUUGUUGCUACCAUCAGCUUUGGCAUGGGAGUAGAUAAGGCCAAUGUCAGAUUUGUAGCUCACUGGAACCUCGCUAAGUCGCUGGCCAGCUACUACCAAGAGUCUGGGCGAGCAGGGAGAGACGGCCUGCCCUCCACCUGUCGUACAUACUACUCCCCAAGGGAUAAGGAGCAAAUUCAUUUCCUCAUUCGCCAGGAGUUGGCAAGAAAGCAGGAAAAACGGGGCUUUGCAAAGGACAGUGACAAAACAGCAAUGACUGACUUUGAAGCCAUGGUGUCGUUUUGUGAACAAGAAGGUUGCCGCCAUGCUACCAUCUCAAUUUUUGGUGAUAAGACGCCGAACUGCGGGGCGUGCGACUACUGUCACAAUCCCAAAGUCGUGCGAGCCCAGCUGGAGAGAGCGGCCGCGCUCAGCACCAAGACCGAAGCUCAGAGCAACGAGCCCAAGGGGCCGUUCGGUUUCCAGCCGGACAUCUACGGAGGAGGAAAGAAGGGUUAUGGCUUUGAAAGGUAUGACGAAGGGGGGGGACGCCAUAGUGAAGAUGAUCUCAAGAGGAAAAAGGAGUUUUCUGAGCUUUUCAAGAAGCAAAUGAGCAUGCGGAAGGGCAAUGAGAGUCAGAAGGACAUGUUUAUUCCCCCAGAUGUUGACUGCCCGCUCAGAGAGGCCAGCAGCCAGAGGAUUCCCAAGCUCACUGUAAAGGCCAGAGAGCACUGCCUGUACCUCCUGCAGGAGGCACUGCACGGCCAGCAGGAGGCAGAAGAUGCACUUAACUCUGACAGUCUGCAUGUGGCGGUGGAUAUUGAACACGAGGCCUUCAGAAGCAGCAGGUCCUCUAACUUGUACAAAGCUGCGGUGCUGAAGAAGGUAUCAGAGAUGAAGAAAGCGGCACCUGGUUCAGCAGGCAGAGAUAAAGGAGACAGCACUGAGAGAAGCAGCGGCAGUGAUUCCAGAGAAACUGAGUCUGAACUUAAAGAGGCUGCAUCUUCCUCUUCGUCCUCAUUUUCUGAUGAGCUGCAGGGGUUCACUUUAGCAUCUGAGGUCUACUCGCUGAAGCGUAAGAGGGUAGGUGCAGGCCAGCGGGGCUUUUCUAACCCCUUCCUGACGGCUAAGGAUCUAAUAAAACCCUCCUUGUUGGACACGGGGUCUAACAGUAGAGAAAGCUCAGGAGAAUUCAGUAUGAAGGAAAAAGAGACCAACACAGGUACAUCACUUGGUGCAUCAUCACCCGUCAAAGCCAGAGCAAAUGCUGUCACGGCCUCCCUGAGCAGCCCGACUAAAGGAGGCAGAGCCAUCAGCAAGAAGCAGCAGAAGCUGGUGGAAGCAGCAAAGAGCUCCCACAACAUUUCCCAGUACUUUGCAAAGAAACAAGUGGCAGAGAAAAGCCAGGAUGAGGAGGAGAUGCCGAGUGAGCCCGAAGCUGCUUUCUCUCCCACUGCUGCUGUGAUCUUCCAAGAAAACAUCAGCCAGGAGCAACCUUCACCUUCUGCUGUGGAAGGAGGAGAGAACAGUCCUGCACCAUCAGAGACUGAGGAUGUGAUCCUUGUGGAAAGUAAAACUGAGAUAAUUGUUAUACCUGAUGAUGAAGAGGAGGAUAAAGCUGAGGUUGCAGAGCCGGUUCAAGAGACAUCUGAACAGGAGCUGACGUCCAUCACAGAGCAAAACACAUACGAAGAAGAGGCUAACCCAAGUGAAGUUCUCAGGAUGACAGAUGACAUGAAAGCAAUGAGGGAGUCGCCCCCUCCCGUGAAGCGCAGCCGGGCCACGGAUGGGAGCAGCAGAAGAGUAACCUUCAAUCCCAAUGUGCAGGAGAGGGGCCUGCACCCGGUCAGCGACUCACCAAAGCCUGUAUCACUGAAGGAAGCAGCUUAUAUUGUGGUCCGUUACCUAGACCCCUUUUACACUCAGGGAAAGUUUGCCACGAAGGAGCUGUUUAAGUCUUUCGCUCGCUAUUUGUCUCACCUUCUUACAGAGGGUAGAACCAGGGGAAAAGUCCAAGUUAAAGCAGAAGCCAAGACUCUCAUCAAGAAGUUCUUCAUCAGUGUCCAGCGCUGUGAGAGCGAGGCAGACUGGGAGGCACCUUAAAAGCCCGCACAGCUGUAAAACAACCAGUCAGCAAUGAAUGAUGGGAGAGGAAAAUGUAGCCCUUCCUCUCUGGUCAGUGCCUAAACUUCUCCAGUUACGGUGAUCUUAGGCUUUGUCACAGAUGCCUGUUGACAAGGUUUACAGUUCACUGCUGCUGUUUAGCUUGUUUUUUUGUUUUUUUUCUUUUUCAGACUGGUUGCUGCUACUGUAGCUUAGGUUAAUAAUUAAGCAAUAAAACAGGGCCUGUUUACAGCAGACAGAACCGUGUGCACACAUAUGUGACAAGUUGCCCAUUUACUGCAAUUGUGUGCAAUUCACACGUCUGAUGAUCACAAUGCAGAGUUUUCAAGCUUCCAACAUUGUGCUACAAUUUGGGGACGUUUUCACGUCAGUCUGCACAUACGCAUACGUCAUAUAUCUGAGGGAAUAAGCCUGCAGCCAUGCUGACAGGCACAGCGGUGCUUGGAGUAGAAAGACAACUGAGGUUUUUAAUGGGCAACAUUUUGGUUUCUCAAGCAGGAAAAGCAGGUGUAAUUACUGACAUUAAAACAGUGGUGCGCAGAUUUAAGCGAGCUGGUUUUAGGAUCCCUCCAUUGUUCGUUCUGGUUCGCCCUCAUGCCAUACUGGAAUGCUUAAUCUCUUCCCUUUUUGUCUUUUUCUUUCUGUGUGACAAGUAAAGGUGUGUGUCAGAAAGCUAACACACUGGGUUGUUAUUAAAGUGUUUGCCGCUACCUGUUCAGAACUGAAAUGGUUCAAUACUAAAAAUGAUCAGGUGUCAUCUGAUAUCAGUCUGAUGUGUCUAAGUUGGCAUUUAUGGAGCCAUGAAAAGCAAAAAGACUAUAAAACUGUUAUAUUUUUACAGAAUAAAGUUUUUUUUGUGGCACAAAGAGGAGAAUAAGUGCCCCAGGAUGUCCCAGUUGGUGUGUCCCUGUUUGACACUAAGACUUCCUCUGGGGACCAUGUAUGUAAGUGCUGACAGAUUAUUGCUGUACUGCUGACAUGUCCCAAAGCAUCUUUUUUGAGUGAUAUAUGUGCAUAUAUAUGUAUAUGUGUGUGUGUUUGUAUAUAAUUUGAGUCAGUGGGGAUAAACAUGCAGAAACAUGUUUUACAUGGUCACAAACCAGAUGGUUCCAUAUUUUUGGGAGACUAUUAGGUAUUUUAAUUGUUACUCUGCAUUUUAUGUUUUUGGAUGCGGGAACCAAAUUUAGAUUUAUGCCACGUACUGUGAAACUGUCUAUUUCGAAUUUCUUGUAUUCAGAAAUAAUUCAUCUCUAAGGAAGGGGAGAAUUUGUGAUGAAGGAUAUUUUUCUUUUCUUUUUUUAACACAGUAUGUCUCCACGGUUAGGAGGAGACCCAAAGAGUUCUUUGACGGCCAGAGCGGAGCCACUUUCUGCUGUAGACUGUUCAGAAUAAAGUCUGU